AUGGCGCCCUUAAUUCAUGGUACCUCUCCGCCGGAGAUCAGAAACCAUAGUGAUGACUCUUUAUCAAAGCGUGCCGUCUCCGUUGUUGGAACGGGCGCCCAUUAUCCUCCCCAUGAGCUCCGAUCUGACGAACUGGAAAAGCUAAUUUCAGCAUUCCAUGAUCCGAACGACCCAGCUGUACGAAAGACCCUUUACGUUAAUGAAAAGUCAAGAAUACAAACUCGUCGUGCCGCUGUGCCGUUCGACGACCCCUUCUGGAGUGACCCCAAGCUACCAGAUAUCGCUGAAUGUGAUGUCCUGUUCAGAAAAUAUGGUGUCCCAGUCGCAGAAGAGGCAGCGAGGAAAGCGCUUGCGGACUGGAAUGGUUCUUUCAACGAUCUUACUCAUGUUGUCGUAGUUACAUGUACGAAUACAGCCAAUCCAGGAUUAGACUACAUGAUUUGUGAGAGACUAGGUCUCCGAAAAAAUGUGCAACGCACUCUCCUGCAUGGAGUUGGCUGCGCAGGGGGUGCCGCUGCUCUACGGACGGCAAAUGAACUUCUUCUUGGGGCGGCCUUUCAAGGGAAGCCAGGAAGAGCGCUUGUUGUUGCAUGCGAAAUUUGUAUGAUCUUUUUCCGCUCAAUGCUCGAAGACAUUGUCAAAGCCCAAGAAGCAAACGUUGCAAUGACCCUUUUCGGUGAUGGUGCCGGUGCUAUGGUGCUGAGCAAUGGGAUUUGCCCUAAAACCUCUGAACGAGCUCCUCUCUGGAAUAUUCUGAAUUGUCGCACAACCCUCCUCGAGGAUUCUGCUUCCAGCAUCCAGUUCAACAUCCGCCCGCACGUCCCCGGGCAGACAUCUGCGGCGCUCCCUUCCGGCUUUCAGGACCUUAUAUCGUCUACCCCCUCAUUAUAUUCAGACAAAUCUAAUUUCGACCCCUCUUCAUAUGACUGGGCGUUACAUCCGGGAGGUUACAGUAUCGCUGUUCUUGCGCAGAAUGCCCUGGGUAUUACGGAACACCAUUUGCGAAAGACCUAUGAGGUUUAUCGGUCGAGGGGAAAUACUAGCUCGAGCACUGUCAUAAGCGUCAUUAACGAGCUUGCGAGGGAACAAGGCACCUCCGAAUCUGGACGAGAUAAAGUGAUUGUUGCGGCCUUUGGACCCGGCAUUACCAUGGAAUUGGCGGUCAUGGCUCGGCCGGCCUAA